AUGUCACUACUUAUUUUGUCCACAAUAAUCGGCGCCAUCAUAUCGUGGCUUGUCUACCAACUCAUUCAUGCUCAUUUCUUGUACAAGUCCGAUCAGAAUUUUGGUGCCCAGCAUGAUUGUGGUCGGGCCCCAAGACUUAGAAAUUGGUGGCCGCUGGGGAUCGAUCGUCUCAUCCAGAUUUGGACAGCCGACUAUGAACAAAGGCUGAUGGAUUUGUUUCAUUUUCAUUUCACGGAUGUUGGUACAACCUUAGAACAAAAGUUCCUGGGUACCAUCGCGUAUGGAACGACCGAGCCCAGGAAUUUAGAGGCCAUGAUGAGCUCUAAACUUGAUGAUUUCGACUUCGGACUUCGUCGUCAGAUUUUCUUCCCUCUGCUUGGAGACGGCAUUUUCACUCAGGAAGGAUCUUCGUGGAAGCAUUCUCGAGAUCUCCUUCGCCCACAAUUCGCAAAGCAGCAAUAUCGAGAUAUGGAAAUUUUCCGACCUCAUGUUGACAACCUGCUUGAUCACAUACACGCCAAUGAAGGCGACAUCGACCUCCAGCCAUUGUUCUUUAAUCUCACCCUGGACACUACUACGGAGCUUCUUUUCGGGAAGUCAGUUUAUAGCCUUAAAGAGGAUGAUAAUUCACGAGGGGCGAGAUUCGCGAAUGAAUUUGACGUUGCUCAAAACUACGUGAUUCAGCGGUUUCGUCUAUUAGACCUUUAUUGGCUAAUCGGUGGUCGGAAAUUUCGACGCUCGUGUGCUGCUGUUCAUGAGUUUGUGGAUGGAAUUAUCGAGGAGAGAAGUCAAAAGCCAGAAGAGGAUACGGCGAAAAGUGACCGUUAUUUGUUCUUUGAUGCUAUUGCAAAUGACCCGAAGCAUUCAUGUGACAGGAAGGCCCUGAGAGCGCAACUGGUCAAUAUGUUGCUUGCUGGUAGAGAUACAACCGCGUGUCUUCUCAGUUGGACAUUCUUUCUCUUAGCCCAGCAUCCCGAGGUUCUAGUCAAGGUCAAAGCUGAAAUUUCCUCGGUACUUGGAUGGAGGACAGAAAUCGAUCGACAAGAUAUAAACAGAAUGACCUACCUUGCGAAGGUUUUGAAGGAAAGUGAGUACUGCCUUCCGGGAUUUUCUGGAGACUUGAUUGUAUCGUGGCUAAUUUUUACGUUGCUGAUAGCUCUUCGACUAUAUCCCUCCGUGCCCGUUAACACGAGGACUGCUCGGAGAACAACAUUCCUCCCCACGGGUGGUGGCCCCGACGGAAACUCCCCCGUACUCAUACGUAAAGGCGAGAAUGUAGCAUUCUGUGUGUAUUCAAUGCAUCGCCGAAAGGACUUAUAUGGUGAGGACGCGGAAGAGUUUCGCCCAGAACGCUGGGACGAAGAUCUGCCGGAAUAUACCAAAACAUGGGGCUAUUUACCCUUCAGUGGGGGUCCUCGAAUUUGUCUUGGGCAGGAGUUUGCUCUAAUUGAAGCAUCUUACACUACAGCCCGAAUUCUUCAGGGGUAUUCUGGUAUUGAAUUGAAAUCCACAAAAUCCCAAAAACAUCCGUGGACUGGUUGGUCCACCCACCAGACGGAAGGAAUCGAAAAGAUCUCCCAGCAGAGGCAGAAGGUGACAUUGGUGCUAUCAUUAGGUGAAGGUUGCAGGGUGUCAUUGACACGCUAG